AUGCUCUCGAUUGUGUUCCCCUACAGAAAAGUUGUUUUAUGCUUUCUGCUUCCGGGGCACUCUCAUAACGUUGCUGAUCGUGUCGUUGCCUGGUGUCGUAAGGCAACUCAAACUUUGAAUUUGUACACGCCGUCCGACCUUUUGAAGGAAGUGAACAACGCGAAGGGGGUGAGCGGUGUCAAAUAUUUUCUACCGCCACCGUCCGGGUACACUGCUAACUAUUUGUUUGAGAUUGAUCAAGGUAUUUGUACUGCUCGCAAAACGGUUGACUCACCGGACUCUGAAUCGAUCUUUCAGGCGUCGAUUGCGUCAGUCCAGCUUCCGCGUCACCCGAUCAAAGAGCUGCCGGAGAAAAAAAUGAAGUCGCUGGCGGCCAAAUACUUCACAAUACCACCGCAAUACUUCAGCUACUACCCGAGUGUACCUGAAGCCAUUCUCAAUGCUCCUGUUCAAGAUGGUACGACUCCGGGUGGACUCGACACUGAUGAUCAAGGAGCUCACAAGCAAAAACAAAAGAAGCGUAAACCAGGUCGACCCCGAAAAAGCCCCGCUCACCCCCGUAGCAACCAGCCUUCCAUACCGCAGUUUUUCAGCGCAAAACCAGCUAGUAGUUAG